AUGAAGGGAGCACAUGGCUCCUUUGAUGGUCAUGUUGUGCCCGAUAUCACUGAGCGUCCACGCUUGUCUGGCAAAUUGUGGCGAUAUACAGGUUUUGCGACGCUGUUACUGGUUGUUGCCGGUUACAUUCUGUUGCAAAGUCACUUAGAGUCCGUAAGCAGGCGAGAGGAAUUGAAUGCGACUUUAGCGCUACAUAAUGCAUUCUCUAACGCAACUUUAAAAAUUGGGAAUCAGAUCAAGGAAUUGACGACUUUUAGUGAUCAGAACAAGAGUGAUGGUCUUUCUAAACUUGAGAGCCAGUUUCUAAAUACUAUUGACACGAUCGAAAUUCGUAAAUUUCAUGGAGCGUACGCUAGUGUUCCUCAUGUCGCGGGUAGUGAACAAGAUUACAAGACAGCAUUGUUUACAGCUGAGCAAUUUCAAUCUUUUGGACUGAAGACUGAGAUUGUCGAGUAUUAUCCAUUAUUGUCACUGCCAGUUCAUCGAAAGCUAAGUAUUUUAGCUCCAAGCAAUGCUAAGCGAGAAUUGAAUUUAACAGAAGAGGCUAUUCCAGGAGAUUCGUGCACAAGCAAUGAAGACGCACUGCCUCCAUAUUUUGGAUAUUCUGACUCUGGAAAUGUGACAGCCUCGGUUGUGUACAUUAAUUAUGCGAGACCAGCGGAUUUUCAAUGGCUACAUGACAACAAUGUCACAUUGAAAGGUAAGAUUGCUCUUGUGCGGUAUGGAGGUAAUUUUCGAGGCCUUAAAGUCAUGCUUGCCGAAAAACACGGUAUGGUGGGGGUAUUGAUAUACUCAGACCCGUUUGACGAUGGAUACACGCGUGGACGAGUGUAUCCAGAUGGACCGUGGCGACCAGAUGGAUCGUUUCAACGUGGUUCAGUGCAGUACAAUUCAAUUGCAGCAGGAGAUCCCCUUACUCCUGGAUUUCCUUCCCUACCUGGUCAGCCGUAUCUAAGUAAAAAAGACAGUAUUAGUAUUCCGCACAUUCCAGCGCUGCCUCUUUCGUAUGGUCAGGCACGUUAUAUUCUCGAAGCAAUGGGUGGUAAGAUUGCACCGGCAUCGUGGCAAGGCGCGUUGAAUUUAGAAUCUGGGCACUACUUUGUAGGUGAUGACGAAGCUACCGUAUUAAAUAUGGACGUUGUGAUGGACAAUAGUAUUGGUCCCAUUUGGAAUGUUAUUGGGACGAUCGAAGGUACAGAUGAACCGGAGCGUAUGGUCAUGAUUGGAAAUCAUCGUGAUGCGUGGGUUUGCGGUGCUGUUGAUCCAUCUAGUGGCUCGGCUGUCAUGCUAGAAAUCGCUCGUGGUCUGGGCAAGCUAUUGAAAAACGGCUGGAAACCGCGUCGUACCCUUGUCAUUGCUUCUUGGGAUGGUGAGGAAUUGGGUUUGUUGGGUAGUACGGAGUUUGCAGAGGAUCACUCCAGCGUACUCAAGGAGCAGACGGUGGCAUAUGUGAAUGUCGACAACUUAGUCGGGUCUUUGGUAAGCGUAGCGAGCUCUCCAUCAAUAGCCAAAUUUUUACAGCAAACGGCGCUUCUUAUUCCAGGAAACCCAUUUCAAGGUUUCAAAGUGACGGAAAGUCUUUACGAACAGUGGGUUCAACAGACUGCAAUGCGACGAUCAAGGCUCGAAGUCGGAGUCGAUGAUUUGACUUUGGCUCCGGAUUAUUUAAUCCAGCGUUUGGGGUCAGGCAAAGACUUUACGCCAUUUUCCCAGUAUCUUGGCAUUACAUCUGCCGACUUGGGCUACACUAUCAGUAGUGCAACAUAUGGAACGUACCACAGCACCAUGGAUAGCAUUCGUUACGUAGAAACAGUGGGUGAUCCACAUUAUGCAACACAUACGACCGUGGCUAAGUGGUGGGGUCUCAUCACUCUUCGGUUGGUAGACAGUGCAAUUGUCCCCUUUGACUUUUCCACUUAUGGACCUGAAAUGCUCUCAAGUCUUCUAAGUUACGAGAAAAUCACACUGGACAUAGGGCGUCGAGUCGACUAUUCGAAACUUUACGAGGCGAUCGAAACAUUUACUCGCAGCGCUGAGAUAUUUCAAGUGCAAGUAGCAGAAUUCGCGCAAACAAAGGAGACGUUACAUAAUUAUGAAAUGCGUCGUUUCUGGAAUGAAAAACUUAUAAACCUUGAACGUCAUUUGAUCACUGACGUUGGCCUUCCGCACCGUCCGUGGUUUAAACAUCUAAUUUUUGGACCAGGAUUUUAUGAAGGCUACAAGGGAUCAACAUUUCCUGGUGUAUCAGAUUGCCUUGUAUUUCAAGAUAGCAAUGAGGCGAUUCAAAGUCACAUAGACGAUGUGGUCGCAGUCAUAAAUUCCGCGGCGGCAUAUUUGACGUCUUCGUAA